AUGUUUUCGAGUUUCAAAAGAAUCGGCUUUCGCAUUAUCACCAGGGCAUUCAAAACUUGCAGAGGUCUUAUCACUGUAGAGUUUCUGCCACAGCCAACUAUCUUUCUCGACAAUCUUCCUCCUCUACUUCAACUACCCGUUGGGACGACUCUUCUGCUGGACGUCGCGCCGUUCUCUCAAUUCUUCGGCGUUUGCAAGACGCUCUUUCUCUUCCCCAUCAACUCACAUCCGAAGUCAACACUGACGCUUUUGACAAAAUUGUCCAAAGUGAUAGACUUACCAAAACUCCAGAUCCGGCUGAUGGAAACAACCUAG